AUGCAGAAGAUGAGCUUCUCCAUGAUAGACAGCAACACUGCAUGUUUCAGGACACGUUUAAUGCCAGUUGACAUUGGUCAGGAAGCGCUAGAUCAGUAUUACGACAAUAUAUUGAAUGUGGCUCCGGCAGAAGGCAAUAAUCCUGUGAGGUUGCUUUCUGACCAUUCGAAUGAAGCUAGAUGUUUCCCAGUGAUGUUUCCACGCGGCCGUUUCACGUUUCAUGACACUCGACAAUAUAGGCUGACGGCGUCGCGGUAUUUCAAUAAUCGUAUCAUGCAUGCUGAUAAGCGGUUUGGGCAGAAUGUGGAAUACAUAUUCUAUGCUCAGUACUUGUGUGAACUUGUGCAGGUGGUGUCGAGCAUUUCCAUUGCUUUACGCAAAGGAAUUGCUGGUUUGGUGGCAAAAAUGGCCAAGGAUUUGUUGACCAACGAUGAGUCGUUAAAGACAUUGUUGGAAUGUGACCAGGGCUAUCGUUUUCUGAAGCCCAUCAGAGGCACUCCAGCCUUUUGGCAGAGUACGCAGCGCAAUAUCUUGGCUUGUGUGCGUCAGCUUGGUGUUCCCACGUGGUUUUGCUCUUUUUCGUCUGCUGAUUUACGGUGGCAAAACUUGGUAGACUGUGUUUUGAGGCAAGAGGGUAGAACGCAAACGGCUGCAGAGUUGGAGUGGGCUGACAGGUGUGAUUUGUUGAGACGGAAUCCUGUGACUGCUGCACGGAUGUUUGAUUUCCGGUGGCAUGUCUUUCUCAGAGGGGUGAUAAUGUCUUCGAACCAACCGAUUGGCAAAGUUGUAGACUAUUUUUACCGGGUGGAAUUUCAGCAGCGUGGUUCCCCGCAUGUACAUUGUUUGUUCUGGGUCGAGAAUGCCCCACGCAUUGAAGUGAACUCAGAUGAAGAAGUCACAAAGUUUAUUGAUAGAUAUGUUACUUGUGAAUUGCAGCCACAGGAUGAAGGAUUGACAGAGACAGUGUCUUCCGUACAGCAGCAUUCUAAGAGACACUCUAAAACGUGCAAAAAGAAAAACACAGUGUGUCGUUUCGGUUUUCCCAAACCUGUGUCAGGACGAACAUUUAUUAGCCAUCAGUUUGACGGACAGGGACAAAAAACAUGCACUUGUCAGGUUAGCCAAUCAACCGGUGUUAAAACAUGCACAUGUCCAAAAGCAUCCCAAAAUGCCGUAAACAUGAAAGCAGAAGAGGCGUCGGAAAUCAUAAAAUCCAUUAAAACAGCCCUGGCUGACGAGAACCACGCAUAUCAAAGCGUGGAACAUUUGUUCCAUAGUCUCGGUAUAACACAAAAUACUUUUGAGGCCGCACAUCGCCGCUUGGGUCGUCGUACGGAAGUCAUAAUGAAGCGUCAAAUCAAUGAGGUUUGGAUCAAUCCAUACAGCAAACCUCUGCUUAAAUGCUGGAAUGCUAAUAUGGACAUCCAGUAUGUCGUUGAUGCGUAUGCGUGCGUGGUUUAUAUAAUCUCGUAUAUUUCCAAAGCUGAGAGGGAGAUUGGAUUGCUGCUGAGUAAUGCCCAGAAAGAAGCAUCCAAACAGGCAAACGUCAGUGCCAAAGAGGCCUUAAAAAGUCUUGGCAGUGUGUACUUGCACAAACGUGUGUGCACAAGAGGCCGUUUACCGGGUGACAAAUAUGCAUCUUAAGGAAUGCUCGCGCAAAGUAGUUUUUGUUCCAACAGGGGACAAUGUGGUCAAAAUGAGUUUGCCUGUGAGUGUUUUGCGACAAAAAGCUUCAUCG